AUGCGCGAUGGCCGCCGGGACCCACCAGCCGCUCCACUGCGCAGGCGCCGAGAGGACACGCCCCCUUCUCCGGGCCCCGCCCCCCCGCCCGGACAAGCCGCCUCAUUGGCCAGCGCGGACCACGCCCCCUCGUCCGGGCCCCCGCCUCCUCUUUGGGCAGCGCAGACCACGCCCCCUCGUCCGGGCCCCGCCUCCUCAUUGGCCAGCGCGGACCACGCCCCCUCGUCCGGGCCCCCGCCUCCUCUUUGGGCAGCGCAGACCACGCCCCCUCGUCCGGGCCCCCGCAUCCUCUUUGGGCAGCGCAGACCGCGCCCCCUCCUCCGGCCCCGACUCCUCAUUGGGCAGCGCAGACCACGCCCCGUCGUCCGGGCCCCGCCUCCUCUUUGGGCAGCUCAGACCACGCCCCCUCCUCCGGGCCCCGCAUCCUCUUUGGGCAGUGCAGACCACGCCCCUCGUCCGGCCCCGCCUCCUCAUUGGGCAGCGCAGACCACACUCCCACCUCCGGCCCCGCUUCCUCAUUGGGCAGCGCAGACCACGCCCCUUCUCCGGGCCCCGCCCCGCCGCCCGAGCGCACCUUCCUAUAGGCCAGCGCAAACCACGCCCCCUUCCGUCAGCCCCGCCCGCUCACAGGCCAGCGCAGACCACGCCCCCUCCCCCGGGCCCCGCCUCCUCAUUGGGCAGCGCAAACCACGCCCCCUCCUCCGGGCCCCGCAACUCCGCCCGACCGCGCCUUCUCAUAGGACAACGCAGACCACGCCCCCCUCCGGCCCCCGCCUCCUCAUUGGGCAGCGCAGACCACACCCCCUCAUCCGGGCCCCGCCCACUCAUAGGCCAGGGAAGGCCCCGCCCCUUCUCCGGGGCCCCACCUCCUCAUUAGGCAGCGCAGCCCACGCCCCCUUAUCCUGGCCCCCUACCUCCUCCCGGACGCGCCUCCUCAUACGCCAGCGCAGAUCACGCCCCCUUCUGAGGGCCCCGCCCCUCACUGGCAACGCAGACCACGCCCCCUCUACCAGGCCCGCCCACUCAUAG